AUGGGUAUCAAAAAGUUGGGUGCAGGUAAAGCAAAAGAUUUAGUUGAACUUCAAGCGAAGUAUUUGAAGUGGGGUACAGAUAUUUUUGCGCCUCACAUCGCAAAAAAAUUCAAUAGCAUCAUUCAACAACGGUUCCCUUAUGAUUGGACUACUAGCUUAGCAAUACCUCUUUUCAAGAGUGGUGAUGUCAAUAAUCCCUCCAAUUAUAGAACCGUUAUGAUAAAUCUUUUGUUUGCGAAGUUAUUUGGCAAUAUGAUAAAUCACAAAAUCAACAAGUGGGCGGAAAAAAGUGAUAAACGUGCUAAAGGGCAAGCAGGUUUCAGACCUAAGCAUUCCACAGUAGAUCAUGGUAUUACUCUAGGCACAUCAUUGGAAAAGUCUGGGAGCAAAAAGAGGAAGCCUUUUAUUGCUUUGUGA